CAAGAAGGAAUGUAAGGAAUUAGGGGGCGCUGGGGAAAAAAACUGUCCCUCGCAGAAUUCCCAAACGUUUUCAGUAGCUUUUUUAAAACUUGAAAGCUAUGAAAAAACUCCAUGGUAGAGAGAGUGUCUGGUAGCGUUUAGCUUAGCCCGAACAUGACGGCGGAGGGGGCUGAAGCUGCGCCGCGGACGGAGAGCUCCUCGUGUCCGGGGAAGGAACGCCAGACUCCGGCGUCAGUGGAAGGAGGAGCCGGUCCUUCCCGAAGGAGCUGGGCGCUUUCCACGCUGCUUAUAGUCCUUGCUGUCCCCAUUGUCGGUGUGGGCAUCAGAUACUACCAAGAUACUUUGAUUUGGAGGCGGCAUGAAGCUGGGCUGAAGACCCUGGGACCAGAGGGACUCUUCUUGUUCUCAUCUUUGGACGUAGACCAUGACCUGUACCUCAGCGCUGAGGAGUUCAAACCCAUUGCAGAAAAACUCACAGGUAUUCCCCCACCCGCAGAGUUUGAGGAGGAGUUCCUCCAUGACCCGAACGGAGAGACUUUCACCGUCAGUGCCAAAAUGCAGCCAUUGCUGUUGGAGACCAUGACCAAGAGCAAAGAUGGUUUCCUAGGGGUGUCCCAUAGUUCCCUGAGUGGACUGCGUUCAUGGAAGAGCCCUGCUACUCCGUCCUCCACUUUCUCUGCAGCUCAGUUCCGGGCUUUUCUGCCUCCGAAGGGUAAAGGGGAGCUGGGAGACACAUGGUGGAUCAUACCCAGCGAACUCAACAUCUUCACCGGCUACCUGCCAAACAACCGCUACCACCCUCCAACCCCCCGCGGCAAAGAGGUUCUGAUCCAUAACCUGCUCAGUAUGUUUCAUCCUCGGCCGUUUGUCAAAUCCCGCUUCGCUCCCCAGGGAGUCGUGGCCUGCAUACGAGCCGUCAGCGACUUCUACUACGAUAUUGUGUUCAGGAUACAUGCCGAGUUCCAGCUGAACGAGGUGCCAAAUUUCCCAUUCUGGUUCACUCCUGGCCAGUUUGCUGGCCACAUCGUCCUCUCCAAAGAUGCCUCUCAUGUCCGGGACUUCCAUCUCUAUGUACCUAAUGACAAAUCUCUGAAUGUCGAUAUGGAGUGGCUGUAUGGUGCCAGCGAGAGCAGCAGCAUGGAAGUGGACAUUGGCUACCUGCCACAAAUGGAGCUGCGAGUGGCCGGUCCGUCCACACCCUCUGUGAUCUAUGACGAGAAGGGGAACGUGAUUGACAGGAGGGGGGAGGGAGGAGAGCCCAUUCAGUUUGUUUUCGAGGAGAUCAACUGGAGCUCUGAGAUCAGCCGAGAAGAGGCGGCCAGUCGCCUGGAGGUCACCUUCUAUCCUUUUAAAAAGGUUCCUUACCUGCCUUUCACAGAAGCCUUCAGCAGGGCAGAAGCGGAGGGGAAACUGGUGCACUCCAUCCUCCUCUGGGGCGCCCUGGAUGAUCAGUCCUGCUGAGGUUCAGGGCGAACUCUCCGGGAGACAGUCCUGGAAAGUUCGCCCGUCCUGGCCUUGCUCAACCAGAGCUUCAUCAGUAGCUGGUCUCUAGUUAAAGAGCUGGAGGACCUGCAGGCUGAUGAGCAGAAUCUGGUAUUGAGUCAAAAGGCACGUUUACACCUGGAGAAGUACAGCUUCCCAGUGGAAAUGAUGGUGGCAUUGCCUAACGGGACAGUGGUCCACCACAUCAACGCUAACAACUUCCUGGACCAGACGUCCAUGAAGCCAGAGGAGAGUCCGUCCUUCAGUUUCUCGGGCGGGUUUGACGACCCCUCCACCUCCACUUACAUCCGCUUCCUACAGGAGGGACUGGACAAGGCCAAACCUUACCUGCAGUCAUAAAGAACAACUGGCCCACCGUGAGAGAGAGAGUGUGUGUGUGAGAGAGAGAGAGAGAGAGAGAGACAUUUACAGAAAGUGGGCUCGACUCCUCCAUGUCUAAAACCGAACACAGUGGGGUCACUCAGUCUCUCUAGUAGAGAUCACCUUAUGCUGGACUGAAUAGAAAGCAGCUGCUGACUCCAGAUUCUUCUACCUGUCCACAUUCCAUGGUAAAACACAGCAAUGGAACACAUUUUUAGUGCCCUAUUUAACGGAAAUUCCACUAUUUCUUCCAUAUUUCUGCAUAAUUCAGUGAUUUGAGAUGUAGUUAUUCAGAGUGGUUAGAUGUGAAGUGAGAGGAACUGACCAGCUCAGAUAUCUCUAUAGUGGUGGUGAUGGGAACCAGGGGUCACAAUGUCUACAACACACACAUGCAGUUUUAUUUACUAUCCAAAACCACCAGUGAACCUACACAUCUUGAGUUUCUAUGCAUAAAAAAUAUGUUUUCUUUGGGAACUAUUUUGCCUCAGAGCACCCUGCAUGUAUCCCUCUAUCCCUCCUGAAACUUUAGCAAAGCAUCUCAAAACUGUCAGACUGCACAGUUUGUAGUAACUUUCUGUGAGGGACCGUUUAGAGGCAUUAAACUCGUCAACCGUCUGGUUCCUAUCACCACCACUGUGAACACUUCUGACUUCUUAGUUUCUCUGCAAUGGAGCAUUUCACCUCAAAACACUCUGAAUGAUUGUUUGAAAUUCGUAACAGAUGAAUUAUGCAGAAAUUGUGAAAAAACAAAGGAAUUCUCCUUUAAGGCUCUGGAUGCAGUCUUUGAAGUUUUAUACUGAACAAAACAGGCUUAUCAGUGAAGUGCUCUGUAGUAUUUGCCAACACUGUAGUUCCAAACAUGCUGGAGGACUUAUUUAUAGAGAUAAAAACUCUUCAUAUUUACAGCAAAACAUGUUUUUCUGCUUUGGUUCAGUUUUUCUGCAGUUUUUUGUUUUUUUUCUGUGAUUUUGGUUAUUUGUUUCUGUGGAUGUUGUUACUGUGGUGUGUUUCUGCAAUAUGCACAGAAUGAAGGAUGUGUGUUGCUCAGGUUGGUUGCAGCAGUGGUUUCAAUAGUGUUUGUCUGUGCAGAAGAGCUGCAGGGCCUGUGGUUUCCAGGACAGAGCAGUUUGUGACGGUCUAGUCUGAAAGCUCACCAGGGUGGGACCAGGCCUGAUGUCAUUGUUCCAGUCCAGGGAAGCACCGCCCUUUCUCUCUCUGGAGACAACACAAACACCCAGAGGCAGGGAUGGGAUAACCCCAAUACUGUAUAGAAUACUGAAAAUUAGGCCUGUCAGAAUGAUAAUUAUUCAAGCUGACCGCAGUUAUGUAUCAUGCUUUAGGGCCAUCAAGCAAUCCGCCAUUUAAAAAGCAGUGCAUAUUUUAUAUAUUACAUGUAUUAGUGGACAAUAUAAGCUGCAUCAAAAUGUAUUUAUUAUUUUUAGUAAUUCAAUCACAUGAACAUAAUUAAAAACUGCGUUAUAAAUUAUUUAAUCGCUGACACCCAGUGUGAGAGCAACAACUCUCAACUCUUCCCCGGAACUGUAGACUCUUGCUCUUGUACCCCUACGUUAUAUCUUGUUUCGAAGAGAAACGGAGCUCGACUUGGCUGUUUCUUUUGUUAGUUUGCUGCUCACUGAUUUAUCCAUUGGUCUCUGGCAAGCACUGUCAAGUGUAUUGUGUCGAAUUAUUGAUCUUGCUGUGUGAGCAAGUGUGAAACUCAUGUAAAUUAAAAAAAAAAAAACAUUUGUAGCACCUCGAAAUGUACGCAUUAACGCAUAAUGUUAUACAAACCCAUAAUGUAACACCUGAUCAUGUAAUAAAAUCCUCAUCUGAUGACUAAUUUUUGCACAUAAUGUAGUAAAGUAUUACAUUAUAUGCUGUUUAAUCCAUUAUCAAUUGUGUAGCAACAUUUUUUUAAGAAUAAUGUAACAAUACUGUAAUGUUUUCUUUAGAAUGCAAGUUAAAACCAUCAGAUGCUUAAAAUGACACUGUUUACUAAAAAGACAAGCUAAUACUUUAUUCCUUUAUGCUUUCAAGUUAUUGCAUUAUUUCUCUAAUUGCAUCAGAAACUUGUGAAAAUGAUUACAACAGGUGAUUUAGUGUUUACAUUACACACUGAUACUGCAUUAUUCUAAAAUAAUCAUUAUGCUACUUCUCUUACAAUGUAUUAAACAAUAAUGCUGUACUACAUUGAGCAAAAAUGUAAUUGCAUCAUUGAAUGAGGGUUUUAUUACAUUACCAGCAAUUAUUACAUCGUUACAUUUGUGUUAUUACUUUGUGUAGUUAUUACAUCGAGAUGUGUCAUUAAAAAAACAAUAGUUCUAAUUUUAUAAAUUGGUGCUAUAACACCUGUAGGGGGCAGGAGUGAGUAAUGUUUAUUAGAGCUUGACCUGGGAGCUGCUCAGCAUUUACAGCAUCAUAGCAAGGUAGCUCGUCAAUUCUGUCACUCUAGACUUGCACUGUAAUAUAAUACUUGCAUACAACGAACAAGACAUUACAUUAAUCGCAAUUAUUAAUAGGAUAAUUAAUCAUCAGCUAAGAUUUCACUGUGAGGAGCCUUUGUAAUGAAUCUUCAGACUUUUUAGUGAACCUUUUGUAUCUCUUUAGAACAGGGGGAGACUAGUGGUAAGCUAGUCUGCUGACCUGGGCUUGAUGCUGCGAUUUAUCAUUACACCCAGUAACCAUCCCAUCCCUACAUAGAAUAAGACAUGCAGUGCCACACCACGCUAGAGGAGCACACACAAUUCUGUCAGACUGCUAGAAAACUACUGUAUCGCUUUGGAUCAUAGCCACAGUUAGAAUUAUGUGUGGAAGGUGCCAUGGUAUAAAGCAGUUUAACGUAGGUUUUUUGUGGUCAGCUGAGGGCAAUAGAAAAGUUAGAUUUGUGGAAUGAAUUAGUCUGAGUGCACAUUUACAGAGUCGUUUAUAUUUUAAAGAUAUGAGCAUACAUGUCGUUGCUGUUCAAAGAAAAAAAAAAGAAAAGUAUCCAUAAAAUAGUAAUUCUACAGGAGAGGGCAAAAACUUUUUGCUUUCAAUGUAAGUUAAUGGAAAAAGGUUUUAUUCUAAAGCAAUUUUGGAGCGUUUCUAUUCGUCCAGUCAUUAAUUUUUGACAAAUGUAAAGGACAGCUGCUAAGAGUAAAUGAUGCAAAAAAGUAAAAUUGCAAAAAAAAAAAUGGAGAUAUGUAUUUCAUUGGACCGCAACGGUAUAUUUGACU